AUUGUGUCUCAAAUAAAAUCAUUCUUUUGCACAACUCAAUAAGCUUAACGUACAAAAACAUAAUUUUUGUACCAUUGACUCAUCAACAAAAAUUCCAUUCCCAUUGACAAAAGCAUUUUUUGCACCUUUUUUGAAACAAGAAGUUCUUUGUAUAUAUAUAACUUCUUCAUUGAAAGCUAUCCCACCACCCUACCCCACCCCUCAUCUUCUUAUUAUUAUUAUCAAAAACUCCAUUAGCCCUAUUCUACCUAUCUUUAUCUCUCAUCAUUCAUAUCUGAUUUUGAUCUUUAGAAUUUUAGUUUAUCUCACAACAAUUCCUAUCAUAUAUUUAUUUCAUUUCCAGGAUUAUUUUAUCCCACACCUUUAUAUCAAUUCUCCUGAACAUACAUUGAUCUUAUUUGAUCAUUGGUAUAUUAUUUUCAUUAAGAAAUAUCCCCUGAUUUUGUUAAGUGAAACAACAUAGAGAAUAUUUGACUUUAUGAUGGAUCAUCAUUAUCAUCAUCACAAGGACAACGAAUUUGAAUACCAAGAAAUCCAAAAGGCAAAGUCAUCAUCAAAAUUCAAUAGAUCAAAGACUAUACACAGCCCCAGAAAUCCAAUUGAAUUCCCUGAAAAGCCCUUAUAUCUCUACCCUUCUCCUCAUUCGAUCGAACGUAAUGGCUCCGUUAAAAAGCUCCAUUGCUCACCUUUAGGGUCCAUGGUUGGAACUUCUUUCAAAGGAAAAGUGAAAAAAUUAUGUUCAAUAUUCGAUUCACGUAAGGAAAUUCAUCGAUCCUCGAUUCCAAAACCUCAAACCAAGCAUACAAAGCCAUUGAUUUUGAAUUCUCCAUUAUUGCCUGGUACGGAGGAUCGUGUGGUAAUUUACUUCACGAGUAUACGAGGAAUUCGAAGGACAUUCGAAGAUUGUUAUACCGUGAAAAUGAUAUUAGGAAGCUAUCGGGUGAAAGUCGAUGAAAGAGACGUCUCAAUGCACAACGCGUAUAGGAAGGAAUUACAAAGUGUUGUGGGGGAGAAAAAUAAUGUGAAUUUACCACAGGUUUUUAUCAAAGGGAAAUACAUUGGAGGUGCUGAAUUGAUAAAGCAAUUGAAUGAAAUUGGUGAAUUGCCAAAGUUAUUGAGAGGCCUUCCCUUAAGACCAAUAGGAUAUAUUUGUGAAGGUUGUGGGGAUGUACGGUUCUUGCCUUGCUCGAAUUGUGAUGGCAGCAGGAAAUUUUUUGAUGAAGAUGAAGAACAAAUUAAGAGGUGUCAAGUCUGUAAUGAGAAUGGACUGGUUCGAUGCACUCUUUGUUGUUCUUGAUCUGCAUAAAUUUGUGAGUUGUAUUGAUUACAUUUUCGUGUUAUUUGUCGCCUUAUAGUUUUUAGUUGGUUUUUUAGUUGGUGAGGCAAAGGCGAAUUCAGAAUUUUAAAUGAGUGUGAGGUGAACUCUUUUGUAUGAACGGAUGGCAUUUUAUAUAAAUUAUCUACUAUAUAUAUUUUGAGAUUGUAUAGUUGUAUAGAUAGUGUUGGGAUGCAAUGUAGUGGGUGCUUAUUCGCCUGUUGUUCGUAGUUUCCUGAUCUUGAUCUUUGAAGUAAAAGAAAAGGGUAAAAAUAGCUUCUAUGUCUAGGGUGACAAAUAUUGGUGUAUUCUGUUUUUUUCUUUCUUUCUUUCUUUUAUUGAGAUACCAAUGCUUUCUAUAUA